AUGUCACUCGUCAAACUGGCCAAUACCUGUGCCCAUCUUCAAAAUUGUUCUCGUGUGAGAACUUCAUUGACCUCGAUUCCCUACACCAAAUUGCAUCUACAAUUCGCAUACAAUCUUUAUACACAUGGAUUUCUCUCAUCGUUACAAAAAGGUUCUACCAAGGGUCCUGAUGACAUCCCAGAGGAUGUGACUCCAGAUAACAUUUCUACUAGAAGACUUUGGGUUGGCUUAAAAUACAGAGACACUAAAUCUGUGUUAAGUUCUUGCCGAUUAGUGUCAAAGCCUAACUUGAGAAUACACUUGAGCCAUAAUGAGAUGAAGAAACUCUGCUCUGGAGUACCUGUUAGAUUGAUUAAGCCAUUGCAGCCAGGUGAGUUAAUGAUGGUAAGGACGAAAGAAUCUGUGAUAGAUAUUAACGAAGCUGUCUUAAAGAAGUUGGACGGUGAAGUACUGUGCAGAGUGAAAUGA